CAGCUUUAUUCUGUGAUUACUACAAUAAAAAGGGAGAGUGUGAAUGGCAUUAUCAACCUUGUGGUUCUUCUUGCAUGAAGACCUGUAGGAAUCCACACAAUUGUUCACUUGAAUUAUAUGACUUGGAAGGAUGCUAUCCAAAAUGUCCAGAUGAUAAACCCUACUUUAAUGAAGAUGAGAUGGACUGUGUCUCCCUUGAUAAGUGUGGCUGCUUUGAUGAUAAAGGAAACUAUUAUAAACCAGGAGAAAAAUUGCCUUCAGAAAAGAGCUGUCAAUCAUGUUAUUGCUCAAUGGACAGUGAAGAGGACUGCAGAUAUGAUGAAAAUGAAUGUUACUGUAUCUAUGAAGGAAAGAUAAGCAAACCUGGCGAGAUCAUCUACAAUACAACUGAUGGCAUUGGAGGGUGCAUCACAGCAAUUUGCAGUCAAAAUGGCACAAUUGAGAGGAAUAUCUUUCCAUGUUCCACAACCCCUACCAGUAUUCCCACCACUACUGUCUUUGUAUUUACUAACACCACUUCACCAGCAAGCACUACUCCAGUGCCCAUGAUUACAUCCGUCUGUGUUCAUGAACUGUGUCAUUGGUCAGUGUGGUAUGAUGGGAUGCAGCCUGGCUUAGGAAACAAUGAUGGAGAUUUCGAAACUUUUGACAAUCUAAGGGCCAAAGGCUACCAAGUCUGCAAAACUCCAAAAGCUGUUGAAUGUAGAGCAGAGAAAUUCCCCAAUACUCCAUUAACUACACUGGGCCAGAAGGUAGAAUGCAGCAAAACAGUUGGAUUAAUUUGUAAUAAUAUGGACCAGCAUCCAGAAAUCUGCCACAAUUAUCAAAUCAAAAUACUAUGCUGUAGCUUUGUACCAUGUGGCAAUUAUACAACAGCUUCCACACCUGAAACUACCACAGUCUCUCCAGUUCAAACAACUACAGUACCAGCUACUAUUUUGACAAGUACCACUGCUUUCACAAAUACAAUUAAAGGAACCACUAGCAUCUUAACAACAACACCAGAAACUACUUUUUUACCUACUAGCACUAUGGUCCCAUCUACCAUGGAAACUGGAUCUUCAACAACAAAAACAACUUGCAUGCCUAUUUGCAAAUGGACAGAAUGGUAUGAUGUGCAUUUUCCUACACUGGAUAAUGAAGGAGAUUUUGAAACAUAUGACAUUAUUAAAGCCACAGGAAAAGAUAUCUGUGAAAACCCAGAACAUAUAGAAUGCAGAGCUGAGAAAUUCCCUAAUAAAACUAUUGAUGAAAUUGGCCAAAAUGUCCAGUGCAAUGUGUCCUUUGGAUUUGUUUGCAAAAAUGAAGAUCAGUUGGGAAUGCUGCAAAUAUGUUUUAACUAUCAAAUUAAAGUCUAUUGUUGCAACAACGAAUGUUUGACCACUCCCACAGAAACUUCAACCAGGGUCACAACACCUCAAACAACUUCUACAAUCAUUACUACAACUUCAGGAACCACAAGUCCAAAUAUAACAACACCACAACUUACAUCUACCUCAGUUCCAGUUCCAGAGACAACUACAAUUACAUUAUCUCCUGCCACUACUAAACAUACAUCCACACUUCCUAUAAUUUCUACUACAAAAUUUUCAAUGACAACUACGGCUAUGCAAUCAACUUCUACUGCAGCUUCUACAAAAUUUCUUCCAACACAAUCAACAACAUCUGAACCAACAGCAACCACCACAAUAUCUCUUCCAACUACAACACAGACACAAAUACCUACAACAAUUUUUACAACAGGUAUAACUUGCACCGAGGAACAAUGCGAAUGGUCCCAAUGGUAUGAUAUAAGUUACCCAGGCAAUGGACCUGAUGAUGGUGAUUUUGAAACAUUUAAAAAUAUAACAGACAAAGGACAUAACAUUUGUAAAACACCAAAAAAUGUUGAAUGUCAAGCACUACAGUAUCCAAACACAUCACUUGAGGAACUGAAUCAAAAACUUACUUGCAAUACAAAAGAAGGGCUCAUAUGUUAUAAUAAAGACCAAAUACCACAAAUUUGCUACAAUUACAAGAUCAGAAUUCAAUGUUGCAAAAUUAUAUUUGUACCAUGCCAAACAACACCAAUCUCCACAAUAACUACUACAUCACUGAAAACAACAAAAAUACCUACAUCAAUAUUAACAACAACUGAACUAGUAACUGAGACAACAGAAAAACCAGUUGUUACACAAUACCAAACAAAAAAGCCUCCAUCUACAGCACAUCAGAUUGUUGAAACAACAUCAACUGCCACUUCUAGCUCAACCAUCCCAGUUUCAACCACAAGGCUCAUUGUAACGACACCAGAAGUAAUAACCAUGACCAGACCACCAACCUCAACCAUGAAAACCACGACCAGCAGUACCACCAGAGAAACAUCUCCCACCAUCACAACA